AGCUCAUCGAUCAUUCACGCUCCAAACAGCCUUGAACAUCAGCUUGUACCAAUUAUCCAGUGACCGCGCUCUUUACCCCCCAGACUGCCGCUAUGGAGAACGAGCUGGCUCCGAAGUAUGCGCCGUUCUUCGGCAUGGCUGGUGUUGCAUUUGCUAUGAUCUUCGGAUGCGUUGGGGCAGCAUAUGGAACGGCGAAGUCAGGGAUGGGCAUUGCGGGCGUUGGUGUCUACAGGCCCGACCUGAUAAUGAAGUCCCUCAUCCCCGUCGUCAUGUCCGGUAUCCUCGCAGUCUACGCCCUAGUGAUAUCGGUCCUCAUCGCGAACGACCUGAAGCCGCCGCCGAAGAACUACAGUUUAUUUGCCGGGUUCAUGCAUCUGUCCGCGGGGCUGUCGGUUGGUCUGACCGGCAUGGCGGCAGGGUACGCUAUUGGAAUUGUGGGAGAUACGGGUGUGCGAGCAUUUAUGCGACAGUCGAGGAUUUUCGUGGGCAUGGUGCUGAUUCUGAUUUUCGCUGAAGUCCUAGGUCUUUAUGGACUGAUUGUAGCACUCAUCCUCAACACACGCAGCUCAGGAUAAGGAGAGGGUGGAGCUGUACCAUAGGUCUCUUUGGUUCGACUGUAUAUUAGAGGAGUCUGGAACGGCGGUGCGGAUUGGGCUGCACAUCAGUUGAGAGGGCACUAUCAUAUGGGUCACGUGAGCGAGAGCAACAUGAGCAGAACUGAAAGCACUCUCUCUUUCUAGUCCCUGCUCAUAAGCUAGUGUAUACUUGCUCUGGACUACCUAGUUCGGGCUUUUGGAAACGUAUCGAGUCACUUCAAAUAAUUGUAUGUAUAGAUAUGAAAGAAGGGACUGGUGAUCUGAAUGUGCCAUCUGCCUGACCUGUCAACCGACAUGUACAUACGGAAUUUAGUAGAGCUUUUCAAGGCAC